AGUUGAUAACAAUAUUCAACAUAUCUAUAGGCUGUCAAUGCUUUACGUUCUGUAACAUCUGACUUCCUAAAUUACCUUUAAUUGCCUUACUUCUUGAUGUUACGAAAACCACUUUACUCUUUCGCAAUUCUUAUCAUGACAAAUGUCGCACAGCCAACUUUUCGUUUAACCUUGCAGCACUUUUUGCACAUACAAGUACUCAAAUAGACAAACAUACGGUGCCAAGUGUUUCUGGAAAUAAACAUUUUUCGGAUGUUUUGGACAACUGUGAUUCUCGCAAUUUCCAUUGCAGGAGAUUAUGCCCAGAAAUGCAGGCUCUCAGGCUCUCAGCUUCGGAAAGGAUAGCUUCGUUUGUGUCUGUAAUGCAAUCUACUGCGACUCGAGUCCGGAUAUGGAAACACCAGCCGAGAUGACUUUCCACUGGUACAUGAGUAACAAACAGAAUUACAGAAUGGAAUUCACAAAGGGCAUAAUGAAUAACCUUAAAGUAAAUGGCUCUGUCAUAUCUGUCGAUACAACAACAAAAUACCAAACGAUUUUAGGUUUUGGAGCCGCUUUCACAGACGCAGCAGGAAUUAAUAUCAAAAACUUGAGCCUUCCUUCUCAGGAGAAUCUAAUUCAAUCCUACUUCGGUGAUAAGGGGAGCAGAUACAACAUCGGUCGUGUUCCAAUUGGAGGAACGGAUUUUUCAACAAGGAGCUACAGCCUAGACGACUUCGAUAUGGACAAAACUUUACAGCACUUCGCUCUUACAGAAGAAGAUUUAUUGUACAAAAUCCCUUUCUUGCAAAGAGCAGCAUUAUUAAAUCCGAAGUUAAGACUUACGGGAGUACCAUGGUCUGCACCCAAUGCAAGUUGGUUGUAUCUUCAAAGAAAAACAGGUAUCUUAAAUCCAGACAACUAUCAACUCUUCAGUGACUAUAUAAUAAAGUUCUUCGACGGAUACAAAGAAUUUGGCCUGGGAUUUUUGGGCAUCUCUAUAGGAAAUGAACCGCAUAAUGCAAUUUCUGCAUUUGUCAGCAAGAAUUUGGGUCCAUCACUGAAUGCCUCUAAAUAUAAAAAUACAGAGAUCCUAAUUCUCGAUGAUACUCUAGAUUCGGUAUUCUUUUACGUGCCGAUAGUAAUGAACCACGAGGAUGCGAAAAAGUUUAUCAGUGGAACUGCCAUUCACUAUCAUCAGCAAACUGUUGUGACAGAAAUUUCCCUAGACAAGAUACAUACUAGCUACCCGGAUAAAUAUAUCUUGAUGACAGAAGCUUCUCAAUUUUUCAGUGAUGAAAUAUGCUUGGGAUGUUGGGACAAUAUGGAUGCCUAUAUCCGAAAAAUGUUCAAGAGUAUGGAACACUGGGUGGUGGGUUGGAUGGAUCUGAACCUCGCUCUCAAUCAGGCGGGAGAACCGAAUUUGUCAAAUAAUAAAUACGAUGCAGCCAUUAUCGUCGAUGCAGAAAAUGACCGUUUUUUUAAACAACCACUUUUCUACGUUAUCCAACACUUUAGUAGAUUCGUACCACCUGGAUCAAUCAGACUUCACACGAGACUCAAUUGUCAACCCUUUUUUGACGAUCUCUCUAUCCUUGGUUGGUCUGGAUGUCAAGGUUUCAAUCACAGACGGACAUGAAGGAUUCAUCAACGUAGAUCUCACGGAAUUUU